AUGAAACCUGCAUUAAAUCCACUGCAUGUGAAGUUUUCCUUGACAGGAGAUGCUGUACCAAAUCUAAUCAAAAGUCGUUCUAAAGACUAUAACAAAAAGGCACACCGUAAUAGCAUCUUGGAGAAUAACAGAAACGAUAUUAGAUCCCAACUUAUGAAGUUCGGUGCACGUUAUACUUCGGUGGUGAAGGAAGCAGCACAUCCAAAGGAUACUAUUGUGGGAAUCUAUGAACACCUCAAGAUCCCAAAACAUGGCAAAGGAGGUGAAGAAGAGGUUCCCAAAUCUAUCUUGCUCCAAGAUGAAAGUUUAAGAUGCAAGAAAACUAAAGAAAACUAUAAAUCUAUACAGUGGAAAUCUGAAUUUGCUACUUCAAAUCUCAGUAAGACCUCAUUACAAGCAAAAAUAAAUUUUGACAAUAUAAUAAAGGAUUGGAUUUCGACCAACUGGUUGGAUCCAAAACCUUUAAUUCAACAAAAGCCAUGUCAUAUACUUGUACAUGAUAAGCUACUUUUUCAAAAGAUUUCUCUGUUUGAAACGGUUCACGAACUCUUAAUGAAAAGGCUGGUUGGCUUAAAAAUAGAUGACCAUGUGGUCAAAUUAUCAUGGAAUAAAGAAAUUGCAAAGGCUGUAUCAGACAAGGAACUUUUAAAUCAUCAAUUAGGGAGAAUAUUAAAGGAUAUCAUAAGAAGUACCUAUUUUCCAUUUGCAAAAGUUUCUGAUAAAUAUGAAAAGAUUCUCAAUAAAAUCACCAAGGAUCCGAAUUUUAUAAGGUUGAUAAUUUCUAAACUUUACAAGAAGGUCAGAUACAAUGAUGUGAUUUUUGAUAAACUGAAAAAUGUUGAAAAUUUGAACGAAAGAAAUGAUAUCACUAUAAUCAAGGAUAAGGAGCUGAAUCUGCUACCACCGAACGAAUACAUGGGACUUCUAAAAAACAUAAAUGAGAAAACCCAAGAUCCGCUGAAGAGCUAUGGAAUACUAAAAUACAAAUCAACUACAAACAAACUAGAUGAUUAUGAGAACUUAAAAAUAAUGAAGAAUAGAUUAAAAUCAGAUAGUUUGCACCAAAACGAAAGGUUUAUGUUUAUAACCAAUGAUCGAUCAACAUCAUUGGAAUACUUCAGGUUACUCAAACUUUUUAACAAGACAUAUGCAAGUCUUGGAUUCAAAGGUUGUGUGAUAUACAUUGAUAGUCAACAUGCACAAAAAUAUAAGGAAUCUGUAGGAACAACUGAAUAUACGGGGAAAGAGUUGUAUUAUGUAAUUGAAAAUUUUCAAGAUAUCUACAGUAUCAUUGAGGUACUGUGA